AUGACUUCACAAGUAGCUAUCCACACGUUCUCUCAAUCGGAGACCAAAACUUCCGCCACCGUAACCACUACUACAGAUUCCGAUCCCAAUCUACAGCUCUCCACCGUUCGAAGAACUUCCUCCACCGCCACUCGAUCCACCAAAGACCGUCACACUAAGGUUAACGGCCGUGGUCGUCGGGUCCGUAUGCCGCCUCUCUGCGCCGCUAGGAUAUUCCAGCUUACACGUGAACUCGGUCAUCGCUCCGACGGUGAAACCAUCGAGUGGCUCCUCCGUCAUGCUGAGCCGUCUAUUAUCGCUGCCACCGGUACUGGCACUAUUCCCGCCGAUCCAGUCUCGACUGUUGCCACGGUUUCUUCCUCAUCUGUGCAGUCUGUGUCUUGCAAUGUUCAUCCGGUGUCUUCCGUUGGUCAUGGUAGUCAAGGCGUGUUUGCUGCGGGGAUGCCGAUACAGCAGCCGAGCUGCCGGCUCGACCUCUGUCAGCCUAGUGGAAUGGAAUACGCGGCGGAGAAUAGAUACCGUCAUAUGCCGUUCACGGCGAUGUUGUUGCAACCGACUACGGCGGAGGAGAAUCAACAAGAAGAAACUCUGAGCGAACAAUGA